AUGCCUUUGACACGGGCGAAGCUGGCCAUUCCCUUCGUAGGCAAAGAUGUGCCGUCACAGUCCAGUGAGUUUGCGCAUCCGGAUGUGGUGAUCGGCUUGACCAUCCUGGCUUACAGAUACGAGGGCCUGAGGCGUGAAGACUUUGACGAAGUUCUGGGCUGCCUGGAUGCAUUGUUUUCAGUUGGGAUGGUUUGGGAUGUUUGCAGCUGA